AUGUCAACUUCGACGAGUCCACCUUUUGGACUUCAACUGCCGAUCACUGAUGAAGAUGUCGAUGACCUGGACUUCGAAUUGCUGGAUCUUGAUGACGAAGAGCUGCGUCAAAUGGAGUACAAGCAAACAGGCAAGCGCAAGAACCGACUCAAUGAUGAAGAUACAGCAGCUCCACGACCGCGUGCAGUGCGUCAACGACCAGGACUAGAAGAGUCAAGCGCGCCGGAAAACAACUCGUCACGACAAGAAGAAGACGAAGAAACGAAGGAUUCUGGUGAUUCAACACCGCCUGUGUUUUGGCGUGCGAGUGCAAAUGCCGUUGAAGCAGCAGUGGACUUAUCAGAACCCUCAACAUUUGAAGCAGCAGUAAGCGGCCCUGACCGAGUGCACUGGAGAAAAGCAAUUCAUGCAGAGCUCGAGUCAAUGCGACUUCGCGGUGUGUUUCGUGCAGCCAAGCUGCCCAACGGACAACGCGCCAUUGGCACAAAAUGGGUGUUCAAGAUCAAGCGCAAGGCGGAUGGGUCAAUCGAGAAGUACAAGGCACGCCUUGUGGCCAAGGGUUUCUGCCAAAAGUAUGGAAUCGACUACACGGAGACGUUUUCGCCCGUGGUCAAGUAUGUGACGCUGCGAAUGGUGAUCGCAAUUUCCAAGCAUUUUGGAUGGCCCAUCGACCAGCUUGAUGUGGUGACAGCUUUCCUGUAUGGCGUCAUGAAGGAACAAGUGUUCUGCGUGAUUCCUGAAGGCGUCGAACUUGACAGUACGUUCGACUGCCUGGAAUUGGUGAAGUCAAUUUACGGCCUCAAGCAAGCGUCGCGAGUGUGGAACGAGACGUUCGACGAGUAUGUGUGCUCCAUCGGAUUUCAAGUAUCGGACUUCGACCCAUGUCUCUACAUCAAGACUUCGGACGGCCAUUGCGUGUUUAUACUGGUCUACGUGGACGACGUCUUGGUGACUGGAAGCUCGCUCGAGCUGAUUGUACAAACCAAGAACGACCUGAAGACGCGGUUCGAAAUGACGGACAGCGGCAAGUGUGCGUUUGUUCUUGGGAUCGAGCUUUUGGACGGUGAAGAUGGCAGUGUGACACUAUGUCAGCGUCGGUAUGUCGAUGAUAUCCUCAAGCGCUUUGGCAUGGAUGAUUGCAAGGCAGUCGCAAGUCCAGUCGACAUGAGCUCUCGACUUGUUUCAAGUGAUGCAACUACCAAGGUCGAUGCUCCUUUUCGCGAAGCUGUUGGUGCGUUGAUGCACCUGACCACUGCAACGCGUCCGGACAUUGCGUUUGCUGUGGGCUAUGUGUCGCGGUUCAUGGAAAAUCCCCAAGAAGAACACUGGGUUGCAGUUAAGCGUAUCUUUCGCUACCUACAAGGCACCAAGACGCAUGGAAUUUGCUACAAGCCAAGUGCAAGGAUCGACUUCCGUGGAUAUUCGGAUGCGGAUUGGGCUGGUGAUCUUACCGACCGCAAGCCAACAUCGGGGUACACGUUCAUGCUACUCGGUGCGCCAGUCAGUUGGGGCAGCAAGAAGCAGCCAAGUGUUUCGUUGUCCACGAGUGAAGCCGAAUACAUCGCACUCAGCUUGGCGAUUCAAGAGGGCAAGUGGAUUCAUCGUCUGCUUUGUGAGAUCGUGAUGGCUGCCAAUGAAGAAGGACCGGAACUCAUGAUCCAUGAAGACAAUCAGUCGUGUAUCAAGAUGACGAAGAACCCAGUCAACCAUGGCCGUGCCAAGCACAUCGACAUUAAGUACCAUCACAUUCGUGAUGAGGUCAAGCGCGGCAAAGUCAAGCUCAAGUACUGUGAGACUGCGGUGAUGUUAGCAGAUAUCAUAACCAAGGCACUUCAUGGACCACGCCACAAGGAGAUGACGACGGCUCUCGGGAUUCGUGAGCAUUCGGAUUGA